ACAAAGUUUAAAUCGCCUCAUGAAGAUUUUUCAACAAAGUCUCAAACUUUAGACAUUCACGUCCCUUGGUCACGAAAUGACAUAUUUUGUAUAAAUGUAACCACACCACCACCUAAUAUGGUUUUAUAUCCUUAUUAUAAUAUUUAUAUUCGUUGGAAAAAAGUACCCGAAUGUAACACAAACAUCCCCCUAACAAAUUUUCAAAUAACAUUAUAUAAUAAUCCAAAAGUUUCAGGAAGUCUUGAAAAACCAAAAGUUAAAUAUGAUUGGUCAAAAAAAAUAGCAUCAGAUGUAACAGAAGAUUAUUAUUUGUGGAGUAUUCCACUUUACCGAAAUAUAGUAGAUGAUUUUACAAUAUUUUAUAUUAGAAUUGAAACAGAAACUGUUGUUAAUAGUGGAAUGUAUACAGCAUUUGGAAUGACGGGUCCAUUAACAAUUUCACAACAUCCUGAUAAAGAAAAUAAAACUUUAUUUGCAGAGGUUAAUAGUACGGAUCCAAAAGUUGUGAUACCUACAGUUAUUGGAGAACAAGUUAAAUCUUCAGGGAAGAGAAUUAAUCUAGUAUCAAUUUAUUCUGAAAUGAUUAUUAAUUUGACAUUAUUGUUAUCUUUUAUGAUUAUUUUUAUUCUGUUUAUGUGA